AUGGUAGUCAUUCAGUGUGUCAUGUUGGUAGAAUCUGAACUAGUAAGUAUUGAAGAAGCUCUUAAGAAGAAAGUGUGGAUGGAGGACAUGAAAGAAGAACUCGAGGCUAUAGAAAGAAACAAGACUUCGGAGUUGACUGAGCUUCCAAAUAACAAGAAAUCCAUUAGUUUGAGACGGGUUUACAAGUUGAAACUGAAGGCAGAUGGAUCAGUUGACAAACACAAAACAAGGUUAGUAGUUAGAGGAUUUCUACACAACUCUGGAUUAGAUUACUUAAAGGUGUUUGCUCAUGUAGCUAGACAUGAAACAAUCAGAUUGGUGAUUGAUGUAGCUGCUAAUAGAAAUUAG